AAGUGUCAGUUUUAAAAUUCGCAUCUUUAGGCAACUCAUCUUGAGAGUGUUGUUCAUUGUUAUUGCUUCUUUUCGCACAAUUAUGGGCGUAUAAUUGAUACAAUAUAAGAGUCUUGAUAAUACAAACGUAAAUCUACAUCUUCUGUUAUUUCAACUUGGAAAGACACCGUCACAAACUUUAUUUUAACUUGUUAAAAGCAUGUCGGCGAAGUUCCCGGUUAUUACAAUUCAAUGCGAUUGGAAUGAAGUCAUAAAACUGCCAAAGUGCAAAGCUUGGAUAUCCUCCAAAUAUUUAAAUCAAAAUAGUGUCCAUGAUGAACUUAGAACAAGCUUAAAUAAUAGUGAUGGGAAAAUUAAGAUAGAAUUCUCAGAUAAUUACCAGUAUAUAUCUCACGGAAACCUUAGCCUUGUGAUAAAGCAUAUUUCUGGUUUGAAGACAGCUUUUGUAGCCCCGACUAAAGCAUACAAAGUGCAUAAGAAGGGAGUCACAACUGUGUCUGCAUCUGGCACAGAGAAUGCAUUGGCUAUAUCUGCUUGUGAUGGUGACCAACUUUUGGUAUGGGACAGUAGGACAGGUGAAGUCAUGCUAGAUCUUAAAGGCCAUGGUGGUCCUGUGUACAAGAGCAAAUUCUUCAAUUCUGGUGUAGUGGUGAUAUCGGCUGGUGCCGAUGGAUCAUGUCGGAUCUGGUCUGCUGACACUGGAGUGAACCCUGUCACGCUGAUAGGUCACAAAAUGGCUAUUUGUGAUAUUGCUAUUGUUGAAGUUGGAAGGAAUGUGAUUUCUGUCAGCAAGGAUGGUACAGCAAAGCUGUGGGAUGUUGGUCAAGCAGCAUGUUUGGCCAACAUUGUUGAAGGUCAUGGUCAGAUAAAUUGCUGCACCCUAACAACAGCAACUGAUGAAGUGCCUGUUGAGAAUGAGAGAGAGGUGGGAACAAGUAACAAACUCCUAAUUAUUGGUUGCGAGAGUGGCUUAGUCGUUGGUGCCCAUGUAGCCAAAAGAGAGGAAGUGUUCCGGAAGCAGAUGGACUCUGCCUGCAAUGCUUGCAUUGUUGUAGGACAGAAUGCCAUUAUAGGCUGUAGUAGUGGGAAGAUAAUGCUCCUCAACCUCCAAAACGGCGAACUAGGAGAGUUACACGAAUCCGCGAGCCCAGUCCUAAGCAUGGUAACAUUGCCCAACCAGAUGUUCGCAGUCGGGCGCCAAGACGGCACAUGCACUGUUAUGUCACUACACGAAGCCCACGGUGCCACCCGAGUCCAACUGACCGGCUCAGAUUGCGACGGAAUCAGAGACCUAGCCUUCAAUGGAAAAUGGAUUUUUGCUGCCUGCCGUGACUGUAAUGUUAGGAAGUAUGACUUCAAUCAAGUGAUCGUACAUUUUAAGUGAGAGUUAUUACUUCAUGUGACAAUAUCUGUAAGUUAAUUUUUUUCAACUCUUUGACCACCAAGGACGCCCAUACGUGCGCACGCAAAAUGUGUAUUUAGCGCCAUGACGUGUAUACACGUUAAGAGAUAAUAAUAGAGAUAAAAUAAAUCUACAAAUAUGUUUCCGUAAUUAUGCUACUGCUCUAGAUAAUCCUUAUCGACUUCUAGCUUUGAUUUUAAAUAGUUAAGCUAAUAUAUCUACAACAGCUCGAAAACCAACAACGUAUGAAUUAUUGUAAGUCCAACGUGGCGGCUUGUGCACAUUUUCUGGGACCGUGUCUUGGCGGUCAAAGGAUUAAUAGUGAUAGGAUUGUUGUUGACUGAAUUAAGCGUUCUCAAUUAAAUUAGGUAAUCUUGUUGAACUUCAGAGCAAAUACUAUUUACCUCUAUUACACGAAAAUCGGAGUGUUGCGAAAUUUUACCCGCCAUAAUGCUUCGCCCAAAAAGUAGUAAUUUUCCGCUCAAAUAUAAGCAAGUAACAACCACUUUGAAUGAUCUAGUGCCUAGUGUUUUAUACAUUGAGCUAAAUAAAAUAUGUCCAAGACAUAAA